CCACACACAAGAGCACCAAAGCAUCUCCUCCGCAACGAACGAAACGUCUCAAAUGCGCUAACGGCAGGGAGGCCGAGCAAGUGGCGAUUGGUGAGACGCCGAGGAGGCGGCGCAAAAAAAGGAGCAGGGGAAGAGAGACGCACAAGGAAGCCAACGGAGUGAAGGCAGCGGGAGAGGGACAUCGAAGAGCAGCGACAGGGAGGCCAACGACGUGCUCAGAAGGGAUGUAAAAAGAAGAAAAGCCGGCGCCGCCACAACAGAGAGUCAGAGACCCAAGAGUCUCAACGUGAGACAGACGGGGCGUCGCUCGCUCCUCGCCGCCGGUCGAUUGUUCAUCAGCUGCGUAGGAGAUGAGCGUCCUCCGCAACCGCCGGCCCUCCGUGGCGGGGGCGGGGUCGGGGCCGGUGGAUCCGCCCGUGCAGGCGUCCUACAACAUCAUCCCGAUCCAGAACGUGCUGAUGCACGGGGAGCACCCGUCGCUGCGGUUCCCGGAGGUGCGCGCGGCGGUGGAGGCGCUGGCGCACGCCGCCGACCUCCCGCCGCCGCCGUUCGCCCGCGCCUGGGAGUCCCACCGCGCCGACCUCUUCGACUGGCUCGGCGCCACCUUCGGCUUCCAGCGCCACAACGUCCGCAACCAGCGGGAGCACCUCGUGCUCCUCCUCGCCAACGCCCAGCUCCGCGCGGGGGGCACCCUGCCCACCGACCACCCCGCCGACGUACUCCACUACUCCGUUCCCCGGGCCAUCCGGAAGAAGCUCCUCAAGAACUACACCUCCUGGUGCGCGUACCUCGGCCAGAGGCCGCAUGUCUAUGUGCCCACCGCCGGCCGCCGGACCGGUGCCGCGGCGAGCGUUGGCCCUGACAUCCGCAGGGACCUCAUGUACGCGGCUUUGUACCUGCUAAUCUGGGGGGAGGCUGCCAAUCUGAGGUUCAUGCCCGAAUGCCUCUGCUACAUCUUCCACUACAUGGCGCUCGACCUCAGCCAUGUCAUCGACCGCUCCAUUGAUGUCGAGACGGGGCGACCUGCAAUCCCUGCCGUGUGCGGUGAGGAGGCUUUCCUGAACAGUGUGGUCACGCCAAUUUAUAAUGCGCUCAAGGGCGAGGUUGAGGCCAGCCGGAAUGGGACCAAGCCGCACUCAGCUUGGAGAAAUUAUGACGAUGUGAAUGAGUACUUCUGGAGCCGGCGAGUCUUCAAGCGGCUCCGGUGGCCACUGGAUCCUUCAAGGGGCUUCUUUGUGCCACCAGGGAAGCCUGGCCGUGUUGGCAAGACUGGUUUUGUAGAGCAGCGCUCAUUCUGGAAUGUGUACCGAAGCUUCGAUCGGUUAUGGGUGAUGCUUAUUCUCUUCUUUCAGGCAGCCAUGAUUGUUGCAUGGGAUGGCCGUAGUGUUCCAUGGGAUAGCCUCAGCUACCGUGACAUCCAGAUCCGUGUGCUGUCAGUGUUCAUCACCUGGGGUGGUCUGCGCUUUCUGCAGGCGUUGCUUGACGCUGGCACUCAGUACAGUCUUGUGUCGAGGGAAACUACAUUUAUUGCUGUCCGGAUGGUGCUCAAGGCAAUUGUUGCUGCAGGGUGGACUAUUACAUUUAGCGUGCUUUAUGCGCGAAUGUGGGAUCAGCGGUGGCGAGAUCGCAGAUGGUCCUUUGCUGCCAAUACCAGGGUGUUAAAUUACCUUGAGGCAGCAGCUGUGUUUGUCAUUCCACAGGUGCUUGCGCUUGUGCUGUUUAUCAUCCCUUGGAUAAGGAAUUUUCUGGAGAAAACCAAUUGGCGGAUUCUAUAUCUGCUCACCUGGUGGUUCCAGACCCGCACAUUUGUAGGACGUGGUCUGAGGGAGGGGCUUAUUGAUAACAUCAAGUAUUCAAUUUUCUGGAUCUGUCUCCUUCUAGCUAAGUUUAGCUUCAGCUACUUCCUCCAGAUUAAGCCGAUGGUGGCUCCAACAAAGACAAUAUUCAGCCUCCAUAACAUCUCUCACAACUGGUUUGAGUUCAUGCCUCACACAGAGAGGCUUGCUGUAAUCAUCCUGUGGAUCCCAGUUAUCCUCAUUUACCUUAUGGAUAUCCAGAUAUGGUAUGCAAUCUUCUCAUCACUCACGGGGGCACUUAUCGGGCUUUUCUCACAUUUAGGGGAGAUUCGCAGUGUUGAGCAGUUGCGCUUGAGGUUCCAGUUUUUUGCAAGUGCAAUGCAGUUCAAUUUGAUGCCAGAGGAGCACCUCGAUAAGUUCCGUGGUGGCAUCCGCAGCAGACUGUAUGAUGCAAUUCACCGGCUGAAGCUGAGGUAUGGUUUUGGCCGCCCAUAUAGGAAGAUUGAAGCAAAUGAGGUGGAAGCAAAGAGGUUUGCACUGAUUUGGAAUGAGAUCAUUCAGACAUUUAGGGAAGAGGACAUCGUUAGCGACAAGGAAGUUGAGCUUCUUGAGCUUCCACCAGUUGUGUGGAAGAUUCGCGUGGUACGGUGGCCAUGCUUGCUGCUUAAUAAUGAGCUGCUUCUUGCUCUCAGUCAAGCAACAGAACUGGUGGCUGAUGACAAGACACACUGGAACAGGAUAUGUAACAUUGAGUAUAGGCGAUGUGCUGUGAUUGAAGCUUAUGACAGCAUACGCCAGCUGCUGUUGGAGAUUAUUGAGGAGAGGACUGUUGAGCACAUUAUUGUUAAUCAGCUUUUCCUUGCAUUUGAUAAUGCGAUGGAAUAUGGGAAAUUCGCUGAAGAAUACAGGCUAACCUUGUUACCCCAGAUUCAUUCAUCUGUAAUCACCUUAGUGGAACUGCUACUGAAGGAAAACAAGGAUCAGACCAAGAUAGUCAACACGUUGCAAACUCUCUAUGUUCUUGUGGUUCAUGAUUUUCCGAAGAACAAGAAGGACAUAGAACAGCUGAGGCUAGAGGGGCUAGCACCGUCAAGGCCUACUGAAUCUGGGUUGCUCUUUGAGGAUGCCCUGAAAUGCCCUAGUGAGAACGAUGUUAGCUUCUACAAGCAGGUCAGACGCCUCCAUACGAUUCUCACAUCCAGGGAUUCUAUGAACAAUGUUCCAAAGAACCCUGAGGCUCGACGGCGUAUAACUUUCUUCAGUAACUCGCUAUUCAUGAACAUGCCUCGUGCUCCCCCAGUGGAGAAGAUGGUGGCAUUCAGCGUCUUGACUCCAUAUUACAAUGAAGAUGUCUUGUACAGCAAGGACCAGCUUCGCCGUGAAAAUGAAGAUGGCAUCUCAAUCUUGUUUUAUCUUCAGAAGAUCUAUGAAGAUGAUUGGGCAAACUUUUUAGAACGUAUGAGGAGAGAAGGAAUGGUCAAUGAUGAUGGUAUUUGGGCUGGAAAAUUUCAGGAGCUCCGACUUUGGGCCUCCUAUAGGGGGCAGACCUUAGCACGGACUGUUAGGGGAAUGAUGUACUACUACAGUGCUCUCAAGAUGCUUGCUUUUCUUGAUAAGGCCUCUGAGAUAGACAUUACAGAAGGAACAAAACAUCUGGCUACCUUUGGUUCAAUUAGGCAUGAGAAUGAUGUGUAUCCCAGGAAUAAUGGUUUCCAACAACGUCCUCAGCGGAGGUUAAACAGAGGAGCGAGUACUGUUAGUCAAUUGUUUAAAGGCGAGGAAGAUGGUGCUGCUCUCAUGAAGUACACCUAUGUGGUCACAUGCCAGAUAUACGGAAACCAGAAAAUGGCGAAAGAUCAACGCGCUGAAGAUAUUCUGACUCUCAUGAAGAAAAAUGUGGCCCUCCGUGUUGCUUAUGUUGAUGAGGUCCGUCAUGAGAUGGGUGAUAUGCAAUAUUAUUCUGUCCUUGUGAAAUUUGACCAGGACUUACAGAAAGAGGUUGAGAUAUACCGGAUUAGGUUGCCAGGUCCUCUGAAACUUGGGGAGGGUAAACCUGAAAACCAGAACCAUGCCAUCAUAUUCACUAGAGGCGAUGCAGUGCAAACAAUCGACAUGAACCAGGAUAAUUAUUUUGAGGAGGCUCUCAAGAUGCGCAAUCUAUUAGAACAGUACAACUAUUAUCACGGGAGCCAAAAACCAACACUGUUGGGAGUUCGAGAACAUGUUUUCACUGGAUCUGUCUCUUCACUUGCUUGGUUCAUGUCUGCACAGGAGACAAGCUUUGUUACCCUUGGGCAGCGGGUUCUAGCUAAUCCAUUGAAGGUUCGGAUGCAUUAUGGGCAUCCUGAUGUAUUUGAUCGCCUGUGGUUUUUGACUCGGGGUGGUUUGAGUAAGGCAUCCAGAGUAAUCAAUAUCAGUGAGGACAUAUUCGCAGGUUUCAACUGUACUCUACGUGGUGGCAAUGUUAGUCACCAUGAAUACAUCCAGGUUGGCAAGGGGCGUGAUGUUGGGCUUAAUCAAAUAUCGAUGUUUGAAGCAAAGGUUUCCAGUGGCAAUGGAGAACAGACCCUGAGUAGGGAUAUCUACAGACUUGGUCAUAGAGUGGAUUUCUUUCGGAUGCUUUCUGUGUUUUACACCACUAUAGGAUUUUACUUCAACACAAUGCUGGUGGUAUUGACAGUCUACACAUUUGCUUGGGGACGCCUCUAUCUAGCUCUGAGCGGUCUGGAGGCUGGAAUACAGGGCAGUGCUAAUGUUACUAACAAUAAAGCCUUGGGUGCCGUGCUAAAUCAGCAGUUUGUCAUACAACUCGGAUUUUUCACUGCCUUGCCAAUGAUUCUAGAGAACUCGCUUGAACGAGGUUUUCUACCUGCUGUCUGGGAGUUUUUCACAAUGCAAAUGAACUUUUCAUCUGUCUUUUACACAUUUUCCAUGGGAACAAAAAGCCAUUACUAUGGCCGGACAAUUCUUCAUGGCGGUGCAAAGUAUCGUGCAACUGGACGUGGCUUUGUUGUGCAACAUAAGAGUUUUGCUGAAAAUUACAGGCUGUAUGCCAGAAGUCACUUCAUAAAGGCGAUAGAACUCGGAAUAAUAUUGACCGUGUAUGCCUUUCACAGUGUGAUUGCCAGGAACACACUUGUUUACAUAAUCAUGAUGCUAUCUAGCUGGAUUCUAGUGGUGUCGUGGAUCAUGGCUCCAUUUGCUUUUAAUCCGUCUGGCUUUGAUUGGUUGAAGACCGUGUAUGACUUUGACGAUUUCAUGAACUGGAUCUGGUAUCCUGGUGGUAUAUUUUCCAAGGCUGAGCACAGCUGGGAAGUGUGGUGGUAUGAGGAGCAAGAUCAUCUACGGACAACUGGCCUUUGGGGAAAGAUUUUGGAAAUACUCUUAGAUCUCAGAUACUUCUUUUUUCAGUAUGGGGUUGUGUACCAGCUCAAAAUCGCAGACGGAAGCAGAAGUAUUGCAGUGUAUCUGCUUUCCUGGAUAUGUGUGGCAGUGAUUUUCGGUGUUUUUGUCCUAAUGUCGUAUGCUCGAGACAAGUAUUCUGCAAAGCAACAUCUUCACUACCGGCUUGUUCAAUGUGCUGUCAUCAUUCUUGCAGCGCUAGUGCUGAUAUUAUUCUUUGAGUUUACUGAAUUUCAAAUCAUUGACAUCUUCACUGGCCUUUUGGCAUUCAUUCCUACUGGUUGGGGCUUGAUUUCCAUUGCUCAAGUGAUCAGGCCAUUCAUUGAAUCUACUGUGGUGUGGGCCAGUGUUAUUUCUGUGGCACGUUUGUAUGAGAUACUGCUUGGGGUGAUUGUUAUGGCACCAGUUGCAUUACUGUCUUGGUUACCAGGAUUUCAAGAAAUGCAGACAAGAGUACUGUUCAAUGAAGGUUUCAGCAGAGGUCUCCAGAUAUCCCGCAUUCUUGCUGGCAAGAAAACGAAUGCAGUUUGAGGUUAUAACCAGGUUGUCGCAGUUAGGCAGUGAUCCGUCAUCUAUCUCUGUACAGCUUCUUAUUCAAUGUGGAAAGCUUUGGUGGUGGUGGUGGCUACUGGCGAUCUAGUUUGGAGUAGCUGUUAAGAUUUGUAUAACCACGCUGGUGGUUUUAGGUAUUGAGUUUUGCACCUUCUUAGAGCUACUUAGUAGGGUGUUGAUGAUUCUGCUGUGGCACAUACCACCCGUGAGAUCUGAUGAAUCAUUUGUUGAUGCGGCUAGAUGUUGCAUCUUUGUACUGGAAAGAGUCGCGCAAUUGAUAGCUGGAUAUUCUCCUUUGUGGCUGGUCAAUCAAACCAGUGCCUCAGGUCGUCUGAACAAACAGCUGCCAAUUUUUGCGGUGUUGCAGCUGAUUGUUUCUCGACUACAUGGUUUGGCGUGUAGAAACUUUAUCAUGAGGGGGGGGUGCUUGAUAUGCCUCCUAGUUUUGACUGUUGGCUGAGUACGAGUUCCUUUUGUAUU